AUUCAACAGGCAACAAAGAAAGGAAGGGUUCGACUGGAAGUAGCUAUAUUACAAGAAAGAACAGCCUUGCUCAGGUCACUAAAGGAAACGAGAAGAAGCUAACAUGUAGACCAGACAUCAGAACACUCUUUGAAUGGUUGGCUGCUUUUUAUCUCCAGAAUAAAACACAGAAAAGUGAUCCUGCAAGAGAUGUUUUUGACAGCUAAAGCUAGCUAGCUAGCUAAUAGGCUAAGCUUGCUAGCUAGCGAGCUACAAAGCUAGAUGCUAGCUAGCUAAUCAGUCAUUCCUGGUUGCUGUCGUCUUCUUUUAUUGGAAAAUUCUAAUCCAUUUUUCGGAAAACCAGAAAUGCAGAUGUUCAACUAAGAGGGAUGCCAGCAAACGUGUAUGCAUGACCAGCUGUGUGGAGCCUGAUGGGAGGACAUUGUGGAUAGCACCUUCAUCAGGAGAUCAGGAGUGUCAUCACAUCCCAUGCCCCCACCUCGGCGGACCAUUCAGAAUGAAGAAAAUCAGCCUUAAGACCAUCCGCAAGUCCCUUAACAUCAACAAGGGCAAAGAGGAGGGUGACUUUGUCAUGCUACAGCAGCCUUCACUGGCCCCUGAUUUCUCGAAAGAGGACUCUUUGUUUGGGGGCUGCUAUACCAAAGACCUCUCGGGCUGCGACCUAGGUGUUGACGAGGACAAAACGGGUCCAAAGGGCCGCUCUAAGAGCGAGAGCCUGAUGGGCUCUCUCAAGAGGAGGCUGUCGGCUAAGCAGAAGGCCAAGGUUAAGGGAGGCUCGUCAGCCAUGGGCUCAGCGGAUGACGACGAUACCUUUUCCUCCUCCUCGGUUCCCAUCAGCUUCAAUGAGGUCAAAGCCCAGCGGCCCCUGAGGUCUGCGUCUCUCCGUAGCCAUCAUUACAGCCCUUCGCCAUGGCCUCUGAGGCCGGUCAAUUCGGAUGAAGCCUGCAUCAAGAUGGAGGUAAAGGUUAAAGCCAUGGUACACUCUCCAAGCCCUAGUCCCAACCUCAAUGGGGUCAGGAAGGAAUUUCACGACUUCCAAAUGGAGGGGAUUUUCCAGGACCAGGCAGAAUCCCUGAAAACCAUGCAGCAGCCGCAGAACGGAGACAUGCACCUAAAUAUUGACGAACACGUGCCUGUGGUCCUAGGCCUCACACCCCAGGACUACAUCCAGUAUACGAUGCCUUUAGAUGAGGGAAUGUACCCUGAGGGGUCCCACUCCUUCUGCCUGGAUAGCUCCUCUCCCAUGGAGGUGGUGGCAGAGGCAGACAGUGACUCCCUGCACACGGACCAGGUUCAGGUAGACCACGACCUGGUGAACCUGCCCCCAGACAUUUUCAUGGAGCAGUCAGUGAAUGGGCUGCUCCUAGGCUCCGCUGAAGUGAUGCUUCGAAACUCCAGGGUGGAGCCCCCGCCCCCUCUUUCCCCUCUCUUACCUCCGCUGCCUAGCAACGAAAUUCCAAGGACUUUCUCCGGGUUUGGCUCGGCUGACAGUCAGGUGGCAGAGAGGAUGAGACGCCACCUGAACUUCGACCCUAACUCUGCCCCCGGGGUCAGCCGGGUGUAUGACUCGGUGCAAAGCAGUGGCCCCAUGGUGGUGACGAGCCUGACUGAGGAGCUGAAGAAGCUGGCCAGACAGGGCUGGUACUGGGGCCCCAUAACCCGCUGGGAAGCGGAGGAAAAGCUGAUCAACUUGCCUGAUGGCUCUUUUCUGGUAAGGGACAGUUCGGACGACCGCUAUCUCCUCAGCCUAAGCUUCCGGUCCCAGGUCAAGACUCUCCACACACGGAUAGAACAUUCGAACGGCCGGUUCAGCUUCUACGAGCAGCCGGAUGUUGAGGGCCACACGUCCAUUGUGGACCUGAUAGAACACUCUAUCAAGGACUCGGAGAGCGGAGCGUUCUGCUACUCCAGAUCCCGCUUACCAGGAUCUGCCACCUACCCUGUCAGACUGACCAAUCCUGUGUCGAGGUUUAUGCAAGUGCGCUCUUUGCAGUAUCUGUGUCGGUUUGUGAUUAGACAGUACACCCGGAUAGACCUAAUUCAGAAACUGCCUUUGCCCAACAAAAUGAAAGAUUACCUGCAGGAGAAGCACUACUGAGGACUUGAGAUAGGAUCAUGGUAGCAACUUGCACUUUUGGGUUCAAUUAAGAGAUUUAACAAGGUUUACAGACAUCCAUACUUUUGCGAUGAUUGGUUCCAUUGGCUCUUUGUGUCCAGCAAUGACUGUUUCAGUGUCCAGUAGGUGUGUACAGCCUACCCUUCACAAAUGCAUAGAACCCAUGUAUGAAUCUGUUAGAGGGCUAAGGGUUAAGGCUAGGCUAUACAGAUUUAAGGUAAAUUCUUACAUUAAAUAGGACUGUACUGGAGAUGGGUAGUUCUUCCCAGUAACGGCAAAGGACGAUGGAAGAAUUGCAGGUUGUGUCGGUGAGGAUAAAUGAUAGUUUGCUUUCUGUAUAAAACUAGGGCCAAUUGAAGAAUAUGGUUUCACUACACAUGACAUCCGAAAAUGCUGCAGUGAAGAAAUGUUACAUUUGGGAUUGUAAUUUUCUUAAUUCAUGAUUCAUUUUGAAGUUCUUCCAACUAUUCAGAAUUCAUUGUGACAUAUUUAAAGUGGCCUCAUAAAAAAAGAAUUGGUAGGUUGAAGGUGUUUACCAACCAAGUUAGGCUAACUAAGUUUUAGGCCUAACGUUGAUUUAAAUAAUUUUAAGCAACUUGGUCGACUUUGCAAGUAGGUAAACAAGCAGUGUGUAGCCAUGUCUGUUUCAAGUAAUAAAGGUACUAUUAGAAUAUGCUGGUUUCUAUAUUGCUGCACACGCAACUCUAGUGUGCCAGUAUGAUGGCCUUAUGAAUGCAACUAUAAGUAACAAAUGAUCAUAACCUUACAAUAAAUAUGGUAUCAUGCUUAUCAUCAUUGUCCCUGAUGGAACAAUACUACCCCACAUACUCGGUUUCUCUAUAUGAGUUUGUAUAUCGGAGCAAAGGGAAGAGCACAUAGUAUGUGACACAAGUGGUUUAUUUGUAUACUUCGACAGGGAAUCAUGUUUUCACGCAAGUCAGAGCAUCUUUUGUCAUUGGUGUCCUAGAAAGUAUUUUGAAAUUGAUUUCAGAGUACUUUGGUAUGUUGGUAGAUUGUGCAUAUAGUCUAGGCUUAGUUAGCGAGAUGGGAAGGGGCCAGAGGAGGAAACUACAGCGCCAGGCAGCAGAUCGUAGUUAGGAACAUUGAAUGGUGUUGCAUGAAAAAAAGAAAAGUGUAAAAAAAUUUUUUUUUAAAAAGCAUAAAGACUUGUUAACAGUUUAUUUCUUUGAAAUGUAUAGAAAUGAAGGAUCUAGAUUGUAUGUAGGGGUGUAGAGGGAUUUUGUUCUUGGUUUGGAUGAUCAUGAGCUGAACAUUUGUGUGGAAGUUUUCUUUUCUGUUUUCAUCUUGGUGACAUCUGCCAUUUGGAGGACUAGAAAGAGGCCUUGUUUAGAGGUUACAUCAGUGUUUAUGAUUGGCUUGUAUCUUACUUUGCCUGUAAUUCAUUUGUUUACAGGAGGCAUGUACAUCCACUACAUUAAUUAUAUUAGUGAUGGUAGCCAUCAUGUAUUUAAAAAAAUUGAAACAUUACUAGAAACUUUAUUCUCUGUUAUUGUGCCUGGCAAAGGUAUUUAUCCUCUUUCAAUCUAUUGAAAAGUUUCACAUAUCAGCCUAAUGUCUACACGCAAUAACCCAUAUUCCAAGUUUAACCAAUAUUCUGAAAUAUUUUCAAAUUUAUUGAAAAUGAAAUGCAGUCAUCAUUUGCCUCAGUAUUCAAACCCCUGGUUACAUGUGCAAUAAAGUAGUCGUGUUAUAUACUUUUUUUGCAUGCCUUGAUUUCAUUUAGUUGACUAAAUCACAGUAAGUGACCAAGGGUCUGAGGUGCUUCUGCUGAGUGGUGUUGGGUAUAGAUCCAUAGUGCAUUUGUUUCUUCUGGCUGAUGUUUCAAUCGGAGAACUUUGUCAGGAUCAUUAUGAUCCAUGCCUUCCACAAACCUCAGUAGUGUGAUGGUUUGCUUCUGGAUUCCUACUUCCCUUGAUGACUUGUGGUUAUUUAGUGAACUAAGUAUUCUAUAUGGGAGAGACGAGUGAGCGGCACAGGCCAAAACUGAUUUCUCAGAGACCAUUUGAACAAAUUAGAAAGAUACUUUUUCAAUAGAAUGUUUUUUUGAUUAGACUGGUAUUACAAUCUAAUUAGUGUCAAUUAAAUAAGGUUGAUGGUUUGAAAUGAGGUGAAUACCUUCACAAGGCACUGUACAAAUACUGUCCUCCAUAUGGUAGUGUUGAAAUGGGUCCCAACUGGUCCAAACUCCCACACCUGAUUGCACAGGUGUGGUCUGUGUUGGUGUAACUGUUUGUAUUGCGUUCAAAUCCUUGGUUUGAUGUGUCAUGUCUAUGGGAUACAAAGGGUAAGGCUCCUGUAAAACCACAAUGUCACUCAUGACGAUUAUCAAGGAACUAGAGAACUAGAAUGUGGACUCAAAUUGAAGAGAAUUUAAAUGUGAAUUGAUAAUGUCAGUCUUUUGACUACAUUAGUAAUUAUUAAGUGUGUUUCUGUUUUAAUUGCCAUUUGUUGUUUGAUUUUGAUAAACAGGAACCAAUAUGAUAUACACCUUAAUAUAGUAUUUCUGCUGUGAUUUUUCCAAAUACUUUUUUUUUUUGUUUCCCAAAUUCAUUGUCAUAUUACCUCUAAUGUGUGAGGAUGAUGCUUGGUUAAACUGCUGCAUUUUGAAUCCAUGGUUGUUUAGCACUUAACAAGCUCCAUCAAUUUGUGUUUUAUGUUAUGCAUCUCUGCAAAUGAAGGUAAUUGUUUACAAUGAUAUAUUUGGUGGUAAAUACCAUUUCCCUUCUUCCUUUAGUUUUUCCUUUCUUACACAAAUAUCUUGGUACAAUUUAAAACCCCAGUUUAUUUAAUGUGUUAUACACAUUUGUGCUGCUUAAUGGAUAUGAUUGCCUUUCUUAUAUUUAACUAUGGGAAAACAGAAUGUCACAAUUUAGAUGUAUGUACACCUAAUGACUUAUCAUCUUGGGAAAGCAACAAUACAUCUGCAAUUUGUAAGAAAAAGAUUCAGUCAGUAAAAACAGCAUUGGUAUCUAUUUAGGAAAUCCUCAGUAGAAAAUGCAUCACUCCAGUUUACAUUGGUUGUUAACUGUCAAUUUUCCAAAGUAGAUUGUUUUCGUCUUUUGUAUUUUUUUCUUUUGGAAAAAAUCAAGUGAUUUAUUGCACAUUUUGGAUACAGUUCAAGAAGUUUUUGUAUCUGCCGAUUAUAAAUUAUAAAUAAACACUAUAU